AUGUCCUACUUCAUGUCUCCACAGACUCAUCCCGGUCUUCUGCCUUCUAGCCAAGGUGGGGCUGCUUCUCCGGGUUCGUCCCUUGGCCUCUAUAGUCCUGCAGAGCCAGUGGUGGUGGCCUCUGGUGGAUUAGGCCCACUGAGCCAGAAAGCCGAGCAGGUGGUACCUGCUGCCCAGGCCUGGGGCCCCACCCUGGCAGUGCCUGAAGCCAGGGUCUGCUCUGGGGGUGCUAGCUGGGAGAUACCACGGAGGAAGGAGUACAGCCGAUACUGCCACAAAUUCCCCAGCGUGAGGCAACCGGAGAGCCUGGGCUGGGAGAAUGGCUGCUCCAGAAGCAGAGUUCCCCACCUGGGUGGCCCCAGCAGGCCUGGGCCCCUGCUGCUGUGUGGGCUGCCACCAGGGGUUCUGCCGGUGCCCUCUGAGGCGGGGGGGAAGGAGGCCGGCUCCCAGCCCGACAUCUGCAUCCUUACCCUGGCUAUGAUGAUCGCCGGCAUCCCCACCGUGCCUGUCCCAGGCCUGCGGGAAGAAGACCUGAUCCGGGCAGCUCAAGCUUUCAUGAUGGCCCAUCCAGAGCCUGAGGGAGCUGUGGAGGGCACGCGGUGGGAGCAGGUGCAUGCCCACGCAGCCUCUGGGCAGAUGCCCCUAAUGAGAUCCAGGAGGGGCCAGCCUCCUGGCUCCUGCUUGUAG